AUGGGCAAGAGCAAGAUGGACGAGGCUGCCGCGGAGCGGAUCCGCCGUGCUCGCGGCGACAAGGACGGUUUCACCAAGCGCGCGGCGGACGCCGCCAGGCGGAAUGAGCAGCGUGAAUCAUCAUCCGGCUACUCGUCGUCCAAGCAUAGCAGCGGCGGUGGUGGUAUCCGGAGCGGGAGCAAAAGCGGAAGCAAGAGCGGGAGUGGGAGUGGCGGGAGCAAGAGCGACCAUCAUGGGUCCGGCGACAAGAAGAAGCAGUGA